UUCCUUUGGUACAACCGCCCGCAUGUGCUUGUCCCCGCCGCGGGGCCGCUGCUUGGAGCAUGACGCCCGGCGCUGUGGCCGGGGAUGCCCGAGAUCCCCCGCCACAGGGCGCAGGGAGGGGCUGGCAGCCGUUCCCUCCCCGCUGCACACCUGGGGCAGGCUUCGGCCGCCUGCAUCAGCCUCACGCCCCCGCUGCACUCCUGCUCCUCCCGCGGGUCACCCUCGCCCCAGCCCGCAACCCAGGGCUGGCUGGGCAGCGCUUGCUGCUGGGGCACUCCCGUGGGAGGCGUUUUAGAGGGCAAAGUUCUUAAGUUAAAGGAUGCUGGAGACACAAACAAGCCAUGUUUGCACGUCCUGGCCAUCGCCUUCGCCCUGGAGGUGUCGGUGGGGAAAACCAACACGGUGACAGCUCUGAAUAACUCCAAUGUCCUGCUGCCCUGCACCUUUGCCACCUGCAUAGGCUUCCAGGACCUGGUCUUCAAAUGGUAUUUCAACACGACAGAGCUGAUUUACCACGGCAAGAUAAAGGCCAAGACCACGGAGCCCACCCUGGUGUGGCACAACCCGCGGGUGGAGUUCGUGGGCUCCACCACCAAGAAGGACAACAACAUCUCCAUCGUGCUGAACGGCGUGGAGUUCAGCGAUGCUGGCAAGUACACCUGCUACGUCAAGAACCCCAAGGAGAGGAACGCCGAGCAGAACGCCACCAUCUUCCUCACCGUGGUGCACAAGAUGGUGGAGACGGACAACACUGUGACCAUCAUCAUCUUGAGCGUGGUGGGGGGGCUCAUCGGCCUCCUCAUCCUCUUCAUGCUCAUCAAGAGGGUGGUGCUGUUCAUCAUCAAGAAGAUGCAGGAUGGGAAGAAGGAAUGUCUGGUGAGCUCGUCAGGGAACGACAACACCGAGAACGGCCUGGCCGGCUCCAAGGCGGAACAAAAAGCUCCACCAAAGGCAUGAACGGAGCGGCGGCGCCCCGCGCCCGCCUCGCCCCGCCGCGGCAGCCCGGGCACGGGACCAGCCUUCCCCUUUUGUUUUCUUUCCGAACUGCCAGCGCUUGAGACAUGUUCCUAUUACACACGUGCCUGCAACCUGCACUGCUUCUCCGACAGGGCUGCGGCUGCCGGGGGGACUGGGAGCUUCUCGCGGACUCGCACUGGGAGGCUGCUGGGUUGAGCACAGGCAAGAGGGUGCCGGGCAGGGCAGGGGCACGGGCAGGGUGGGUGCCGUGCCCAGGGCAGGGUGCUGGCACCGGGGCCCGCUGGGUGCUGAGCUGGGGUGGCUGGGAGCGGCUGCUGCUGCAUCCAAAAGGUUUCUGGAGCAGGAUGCUCAGAGCCGGCCGUGCAGAUGGCAUGGUGCAGGAGAAUGCAGGGCUGUGAUAAGCACACUGGAGAACCAAAUCAGCGACAGGGCCCUGGCUGUGCCUCGGUGCCUCCCUCCCAGGGCAGGGCCGGGGAGGUGCCCGUGUCCCAGGGCAUCCCUGGGGGCAGGGGGCUUCUCCCCAGGCAGCCACCCGGCUUGGUGCUGCUCCCUCCCCUCUCUCUGGAGCUCGGUGCUUUUGAUGCCCGUGCCAAGGCUGAGCUCAUUACGUGGAUGUUUUUGUGUGAGAUUCCAGGGGAAAGCAGCCAAUUGUGUUUCCCUUUCACCGCGGCAGGGAGGGAGCACGGCCGAGCCCAGGCCAGGGGAGCCAGGCUGGGGCUGUGCCACCGACCUGCUGGGCAACCCUGGGCAAGUUGCCCUGCCUCUCCAUGCCUCAGUUUCCCCGUCUGUAAAAUGGGGACAAAAAUACUGCUCUACCUCACGGGGUGGGUGUGAGGUUUCCUUGGCUGUGAGGGGUGAGUGGACUCACAGGACGUGAGACACAAAGUGGGCAAGCUACAUCUGAGCUUGACAAUUUCCUUUAAAACAUGAUUUGUUCCCUAUUUCUCCAAUUUGUGAGUGUCUGGCAGUGAUGCUGCAGGACAGGCAGCUCCCCUGGCCCCACAGUAAAUUGGGAUUCUCAGCAGAGCCAUGGCUUGCUGUGGGGUGCCCUGGCAGAGGUGCUGCAGUGGGAGCAGGUGGGGAUUUGGUGGCCAAGGUGACAAGGAAAGGCUGGGUGCUACUUUCUCUGGAGAUGCUGGAGCACAGCAGGCUGGUCACCCCAGGCUGGGCCUGGGGACACCCAUUGGAGCAGGGCUGUGUGCUCAGGACAGGGGACAGGCACUGGGGGACAGGGGACAGGCACUGGGGGGCAGGGGACAGUCCCCUGGCUGUUGAUAAGACAGGCAAGUGGGAGUCAGGACCUGAUCUUCUCCCUGAGGGUCUGUAGGACCCAAUCUGCGCUUCAGUGUCCCCACCUGCACGCUGGGGACAGCCUGAGCUACCUCUGAGGAGGGAUGGGGCACCCUGCCCGGCUCUGCACAGCCCCUGGUGGAAGGUGCCACCCUGUGCCAGGUGUUGUGAUGCACCAGGUGUUGUGCCCUGUGCCAGGUGUUGUGACGUGCCAAGUGUUGUGACGCACCAGGUGUUGUGACACCGCCAGUGCCACCUGUGUGAGCCUGGGAGGAGCCCGAGACCUCCCAGCCACCCCGAGAGACCCCGGCCCGCCCUGGAGGAGCCCUCCCGCGGGGGAGGACAGCGAGGAGGCGACGGAGGGAGUUUUUUAAAGACUAUUUUUAGCUGUCCUGACCUGUUGGGCCUUUUUUAGCCGGCGCGUGGACACGGCUCCACUUCCCGCCGGAUAUGCAAUGCUGCACUAUGCAUGGGUUACUACAAUAAUAAAGCUUCGAUCCUGGCCUUUCUAUCGAGCCGUGCAGGAUGGUCUGGGAGCCUCCAUGGAGCUUUCCCAAGCUCUGUGAAGUCUGCUACAGAUUACUCCUCUGGCUCGCUGGGAAACGGCCACAAAAGCACUUUUGGGAAUGCGACCCCGUGAUCACACGGGUGCUCCGGGGGAGCGGGCUGCCCUGGGGGCUUGUGCCAGCGCCAGCGGGGUCCCUGCUGUCCCCAGGGCUUUGGGGGGGCUGCAGGGGCACCCUGAGGUGUGUGCUGCCACAGACACGUGUGUGUGUCCAAGCACAGAUAGAGCUGGUGGGGAAGCUGGGGGUAAGCACAGGGGGGUGUGCGCCGGGCUCUGUGAUGACUUACAGCACAUCUUUGCACUGUAGAGGUUUAGUUAGCUUUGCCUUGAAUGAAAUAAAGUUUACGUUUACUA